AUGACACGAACAUCGCGAGACCUGUUGACCUCCAUCCCUCCCCUUCAAAGCAUUGCUAGUGCAACCAAGUAUAUGAUAAUUCCCCAUGGCGUCUCCCGGUCCCCCAACCAUUCACAUCCUCAAACGAGCCGACUACUCCCAGCCCCGCCUCGUCACCCUUCCCGACUCGCCGGGCCCUCUCCCGCCCCUUGCCCCGUCCUCCCUCCGCCUCCAGCCCAGGAUCCUCGGCUGAACAGCCAGCAAACUCACAUAUACGCGCCUGGGCCACCUGCUGAACUGGUGGUCCAUCUACCCCUCGCCGCCCACCACUACGCCCGCCCUCUACAGCGACGGCGCAACUUACGGCCGCAUCGGCGCCCCAUCACAGCCAGCACCGUCCCGGCCAUCACAGCCGGCGCCACCGUCUCCCGCUUCCUGCCCAUCAGCACGCAGCCCGAGGGCGUGCAGUUUGCAUCCACGGGCAUGAAGAACCAGCUUCUCGUCAUCGUGGACGCCCACCGGUGGCAGAGCCUCUUCGGCACCGCCUACCUCAUCACCUACGGCUUCGCCUGGGCCGCCGAGCGACGCAUCCACCCCAGCGGCAGCGGCAACAACAAAGAAUGGACCGCGCAGACGCGACCCUGGACGUAUAUCCUGGUUAACGGGGACGCGCUGCGCGAAGAGGCCAUCGCGGCAGCUAGUGGCGAGGCGUACUUUGACGAGUUCGACGCCGUGCAAGAAGAGCAGUGGUGGCGUCGUUUUUGGCGCUGGCGUCGUAGAGCUGCGGCGGGAGGAGGAGCAUAG